GGCUCAGUCCUGCGUUUCGCUCUCCUCGGCCUUUUUUACUAUUUUGCCCCUUCCUUUUACUAAUUACUCCUCCCUCCCUCCCUUCCUCUGGACCCGAUCUUGGUCGUCACUGUUUUCGCUUUCUGGGGAGAUAUUUCGCGAGUCGCACAGUUCUUGAGCUAGGGUUUAUCAGCUCCUUGCCCAUCUGUUGAAUUUCUCUUUUCGUGCCUUCGCUGUGCCGAAAGGCUCGAGAUUUGUAAUCUUGAACUGUACCCAGUUGUCGUUCGCCAUGGAUAAGCAAGAAGACAAGGAGCUUUCGGACCCUAGUGCAUCGGAGAGCGCGGUGUCAGCAGGGGAAGAUGGAAUUAGUGGUGGUCGGAAAGAAACCCUAGCUGGGGCUGGGGAUGGUGGUGGUCAAGGUCAGAGGGAGGGUUCUCUCGCCGCGGAAGCUGUUGCGGAGGAAGGUGCGUUUAGUAAUGGGGAUGAUAUAAUGGUCGAGGUUCUGGGUUCUGAAGUUUUUGUAGAUGGCGUUUGCAGACCCGGGGAUGAAGAGAAUCUGAAAGCUGAAGCCAGUCGCGAUGCAUCGGCCGGCGGCAGUAGGGGGUUGGAGAGAGGUGCGAAGUCUUUGCAAGAUGGGGUUUCGGGCAGUGAAGCCUCUGGUUUUGGAGACAAGGGUGGAGUUGGGGGUUCUCUGGGGACUGAGAGUAGGAAACAGGGCGGCGAGAGAUGCGCAGAAGCUGUAGAAAGCAAGGUUGAAGAUCCAGUUUCCGGGGAAGUCGGCACUUUUAAUGACAAAGCUCGUGAUGUGGGAAUGGAUCCUCCAAUGGAGCAUGCAUCAGAUAUUGUUGGUGAUGGAGACGGGGAAACACAAAUUAUCGAGGAAACGCAAAUUAUCGCGGAAACGGAAGUUAUCGGGGAAACACAGAUUAUAGAGGAAGCUGUUGCUGUUUUGGAGGAAAGAUUGGUGGAAAAGGGUGUGGACCAGCCUAGUGAUGUUGUGCAGGACACCGUAACGGGUACCAAGACGGGAGAUUCUGUGGACGCUGUAGGUUCUAUGUACGCACAGGACCAAAUUGCUGAUCAAAAGGUGAUUGGUUCAGGUACCGACGUGCAAACAGAGGAAGGAAUAAAGAGUGGACAGUGUUCUGAUGUUGGAGUCGCUUCAGCUCAUGAUAUGCAUGCCGAAGAAGCUGUAUGCCUCUCGGCAACUGUGAAAAGUUCGAGUUCGCCCACUUCUGUUCUGGAGAAGAAAGGCGCUGCGAUGGUCGGGGGAGCGAAUACUGAGGACAAAAUGGCUCCGACUAGCGGAGUGGAAGCAGUCACCUCAGUUUCAGAAGGAGAACACAUUUUGGAAAUGGAGACAGCUUGUGGUGGGAAAGUAGAAGUAGAAGAAAAUCUGGCUGAGGUAAACACUGAAUGUGAGGACAAACAAACCACUGUUACUAUUGAAGGUGAAGAUAAAGCGAUUACACAAGAUUUAUCGAAUCUUGAAGUUGAAGGCACUGACCCUCCUGUUUCUGAUGAAAAUCUGGUUAAUCCAGAUGGAGGACUGGUAGAGAAUAUCGAGGUGAAGGCUAUAGAAGCUAAUGCAGAAGAAAGCCACAUGGUAGUUGAGGAUCAGUUAGGAAAAGAUGAAAAUACGAUGGCUGCUGCUGAAGGCAUAGGUGCUUCUACAACUUUGGGCCUGCAAGGUCCGGUCAUCAGUGAAAGUAAAGCUGCAUGUGCAGAAAGCGAGGUCCUUCCGCAUAUGAUCCCAGAAAACUCCACCUCUGUUGGUAUGGAUGCCACAGGGAAUGAUCAGAGCCUAGCAGUCGAUGCAGUUCCCAUGAUCACAGAGGGAGAAGCUCAUGUGACCGAGAGUAGAGAAAAUGAGUCUACGGAAAAUGAAUUGGCACUGGAUCAGACUAUGGAUGUUAUGGAGCUGGUGGAAGAUAAGCUACCUUGCUCUAAUGGGGAUGAAGCUCCUGAUGUUACUCAUUCAAAUGUAGAAGACACAGAAGUUGGAGAACAAGCUUCUAAUGCUGAUGCUGCUGGUUUAACUAAUAUUGAUGAAAUGGAAAUCAAUAAUCAGCCUACCGACAAUGAAAAGCAAAAGGCAGCUGAGGAGACAACUAUUGUACAUGGAGGCUUAAAGCCAGGAAGCUUAGUGGGAGUGAACCAAGCUGUUUAUAAGUUGCCACCAGAAAAUGAAAAUAUAUUGUCAGUGUCUGAUUUGGUUUGGGGUAAAGUAAGAAGCCAUCCGUGGUGGCCUGGACAGAUCUUUGAUCCUUCUGAUGCGUCUGAGAAGGCAAUGAAAUAUCAUAAGAAGGACUGCUUUCUGGUGGCAUAUUUUGGUGAUAGAACAUUUGCCUGGAAUGAGGCAUCCUUGCUGAAGCCCUUUCGGGCUCACUUUUCUCAGAUAGCAAUGCAGAGCAAUUCAGAGUCCUUUCUGAAUGCUCUAAACUGUGCUUUGGAUGAAGUUUCAAGACGGGUUGAGUUGGGGUUGGCUUGCUCUUGCAUACCAAAGGAUGUUUAUGACAAGAUAGAGGUCCAGACUGUUGAAAAUACUGGAAUUCGAGAAGAUUUAGGGUCCAGAGAAGGCGUCGUUGAAUCCACGAGUGCCAGUUCUUUCGAACCGGAUAAACUACUAGAGUAUAUGAAAACGUUAGCUCAGUGCUCAUCUAGUGGAGGUGAUCGGCUAGAUCUUGUAAUAGCUAAGGCACAGUUGUUGGCCUUCUACAGACGGAAAGGUUACAAUGAGCUCCCUGAACUACAAUUUUGUGAAGGCUUGAUGGAAAGUGACGCUGAAGCUCUAAAUUCCGAUGGCGAUAAUCCUGUGGGCAACAACAUGGAAUCUGGCACUCUGGUUUCUGAGGACACGAUGGUCUCCUCUGGGCGGGAUGGUUUGAAAGCCCCCAAAGGCUCGUCCCAUAGGCGCAAACAUAACUUGAAGGAUAUAGCUGAUUAUAAGAAGAAAGAGAGAAGUUUGGCUGAAUUGAUGGAUGAUUCUAUGGAAUAUCCAGAUGAAGAAAAUGAUCUUGAUGGUAAAGCUUCUGGUAUGCUGGUCUCGCCAUCUUCUGGCAAGAAGCGUAAAGCUCGGGAUCCCAGUGCUGACUCAAAUCUUUCAGAUGGAAGGAAAAAUAUCUGUGUUGCAAAAGUUGUUAGCGCCGCUCCAUUUCCUAAGCCAUCCUUUAAGAUUGGUGAAUGCAUUCGUAGGGUUGCCAGCCAGCUGACUGGUUCUCCCAUUGUGAAGAGUGACAGGAACGGAGGUGGAGAAGGAUCCGAAACUGCUGAUGCUGAAAAGGGAAGAACAAUCAUACCGACUGAGUAUUCUUCACUUGAUGGGUUACUGUCUCAACUCUACUCGGCAGCUCUCGACCCCAUGCAAGAAUACAGUUUCUUGAAUGUGCUUAUUUGCUUCUUCUCUGAUUUUAGGAACUCUGUUGCUUCUGGCCCAGAUCCAACUUUGGGUAGAGUAUCUGCUAAAAGGAAAAAAUCUGAGACAUUUGAGUUUGAGGAUAUGAAUGACUCUUACUGGACAGACAGAGUCAUCGGAAAUGGUUUUGAGGAGCAGCCAUCCGAUGCAGACUGGAAAGGAGAUAAUCAACUCGUUGCUGUGGAAUCCCAAAAGGUGCGUAAAGUGGGGCGUCGAUCAUACACAAGGAGACGAGAUUUGGAUGAAAGCAACUUGCGGGUGGAGAAACCGCCAGGGUAUGUGGACGAAAAUGCUCCAGCAGAACUGGUGUUAACGUUUCCACUAUCAGCUUCCGUCCCUUCAGAAUAUAGCCUAAACAAGAUGUUCAAGCGAUUUGGGCCCUUGAAAGAAUCUGAGACCGAACUUGAUAGGGAUGCCAACCGUGCCAGAUUAGUUUUCAAGAAGUGUUCUGAUGCGGAAGUUGCUUUCAACAGUGCUCAAAAGUUUAACAUCUUUGGGGCAAUGCUUGUAAAUUACCAGCUUAAUUAUUCUGUUUCUUCGCUGGUUAAAACUUCACCUAUUCCCAUGCUUGAACUCGAAGGCUUUGAGGAGGCAUGUUGAUUUCCCCUUGGUGAAAGCAUCAGACUCAUGGAUGAUUGGGAGCACAAAUUCUAACUGUAAUCUGUGGCUUUUGAGCGACUCAUUCUGCUUCUGUGGAGUUGUCAAGGAGUUUAUGAUCACGGCAAUGUGCUUUAAAAUGGAUCCUCAUCAUAUGUACAGUAGUGUUCUCUGUGUUCUGUAGCAAUGACGAGCGGUGGAUUCGAGAUGAUGCUGUAACAGUGGCCAUCAUCGAGCUUCUCUUGGAUUAGAGGGACAGUAGAUACUGUACCGAUGGAGAGCACUUGAGUGAUAUCUAUCAUCUGUUUUUCGGGUUAGAAACGCCUUUACUUCUGCUUAUUGGCUUAGAUAAAAUUAUGUAAAUUUAGAAAACCUGUUGUUAGGCUGAUGGAUGCCCGGAUUUCUGUUCCCAAGUUGAUGAAUUUCUUUAGGACUGCAGAGGAUGGCAUGUUGACUGAAAUCUAAGUGCGUGAAAAUUCCGUGAACUUUCAGUGGUUGAGCCAAAAGAAUGAUUGAGCUGAGAUGUCCCAUGAUGAGGUUUACAUGGUACGUUAUGUGAAAAAUGCAUGGGUAUAGUCUCUUAUAUUGUCUUUGGCUCUUGUAAUGUGCCAGGCUGCUAGCAUAGUGGAAUUCAUAUUGAGAGAAGGCAA